CAAAUGUUGUUUUAGGGCAGUACGGCAGCAAGAUGACACAAGUGUGAGCGAGCUGUCCUUUUUAUCCACCGGGCCUCCUCCACUGCACCUUCUAGUCAUAGCAUGGACCACAACAAUGGAGGGUAGACCCAAGGUCCCACCACCAGUCCCCAAAAAGAAACCCAAAUAUGAUGCUGUUGGCUCCAAGACAGUUGAGCCUCAAGAAUACUCACCUUCAGAUUCUGUGUAUCAUGUACCUAGGGAGCAGCUGCUGGCUUGUCAAGAUCUCCUAAGACUUCCUAUCUUGUAUGAUGACAUAGUGUUGCAGUGUGUACAAACCAGGUAUGAAAAAGGACACUACUACACCUGGGCUGGCCCCACCCUGGUGGCUGUUAACCCUUGCCGCCCUGUCAGCCACCUUUACACCACCAAUCAGAUAGAACAUCACCACCAGCAAGUUGAGAUUGGGAUUGAGGGUCACAUGCCACAUGUGUACAGUGUAGCAGGUGUGGCCCAUCAUCGCCUUCAACAUGACAUUGGCCUUCUCAAUCAAGCCAUUUUGGUCUCUGGAGAGAGUGGUUCAGGAAAGACUGAAUCAGCUCGAUAUAUGCUUGGGUAUCUAACACAUGUUGAGAAGCAUUAUUCUCGGGGACAGAAAAUUUCUUCAAAAGAUAUCUCAAGAGAUAAGCAGCCUGAUGAUAUUCAAAAGAAAAUAUUGGCUUCAAAUCCAAUCCUAGAGGCUUUUGGUAAUGCUGCAACACUUCGUAACCACAAUUCCAGCAGAUUUGGAAAGCUCAUACGCCUGCAGUAUGGUGGUGAACGACUGCGAGGAGCUGAAAUUGAUACCUACCUCUUGGAAAAGACAAGGGUCACUCAUCAACCCCACAAAGAGCGCAAUUUUCACAUCUUUUACCAGGUAGUAUCUGGAAUUAGAGCAGGAAUCAUCAAAGGCCUACCAGUUGGGGAAGAACAGAAGUUUGCCAUAUUAUCCCUUGAGACCACUCCUUCAGACAUUUCCAACCUUCAAGAAACCCUACAUGCCUUUAAGCAACUACAGUUUUCUGCUUUACACUUGGAGCAAAUAUAUCAGGUUGUACUGGCCUUGCUGUACUUAGGAAAUGUUCAGUUUAAACAGGAAGAAGGAGGAAAUGGCAGUUGGACUAUCAACAAGGAGGAUAAAGAUAGUGCUGAGGGGUUAAAGACUGCAUGCAUGCUGUUAGGUUUGGAGGAAGACAGUGUAUUGAGAACCCUCACCGUCCACACCAUAAACGUCAGUAGUGCUGGGAAGGAAUCUUGGACAUAUAUGGAUUUGAAACUUUUGAGAAGAAUAGCCUAGAGCAACUCUGCAUCAACUAUGCAAAUGAAAGACUUCAGCAAGCAUUCAUAUUGAGAUAUCUUGCUACAGAACAUGAG